AUGGCUUCGUCUAGCACCAAGCUGCCAAACCUGGCAAGCAAUGACGGUUCUUUUCACCCCUCCCAAUCCUCCAGACCUUCUCUCAAAGAUUUUGUUCUUAUGCAACAAGCUUCACCCGGAAAACAGAUACUCAUGUGGAAUUUCCCCGAGCAGACAUGGUUGAUAUGGAACCCAAAAAAGUUGGAUAAAGCCCGGGCCGACCUUUGGCAAGGUGUACAUUUCAUUCUCAAGGCAUUGUACUUCAUCAAGCGCUCUUUCUCAAGUCGUGAUAUUGUUAGGUGGGCACCCGAUAAGUUUACCAAACUCGUCUACUCCACGGAUGAGUGGGAUGCAAAGCUCAAGCUCAAUCUAAGCCUUUUCCACAGCCAAGUAUUGCAAAGGUCACUCACUUACACUAUUCUCAAGCGAUGGCGAACUUUCCCGAGUUAUCCGACUCGUCUUGAUGACCGAAAAGGCAAGGUGAACGUAGAAGUGGUACGAAAUAGGAGGAAAAUCUGGUUCCGUGAACGAUCCGAUUUGGACAGAGAGGCUUUCUAUUGCUUCACCUACUUCACGUCAGAAUCUGUGGAUUGGGAACAGGUCUACAAACGGGAAACUACCAAAGAUCAACGAAUUUAUGACUGGAUUAUUAGCAGCAUGGCGUCCGCCGCCAGUAUUAUCUUUGAGCUUGGAAUUGAUGAUCAGGCCGAGGAAGAUGUCAAGAAGUCACGUCGCGGAAAGACAGAGAGAAACGAGCAGUGGAGUAAUUUGGCUGGUGAGGAAGCACCGCCUUGUGAAGAUUUGCCAUUGAGGGAAAUCUUUGGGUUAGGUUCAUCCAAACAUCUCACGGCGAAUCACAAUUCAUCGUUAAAAAGUUCAAACGAUGAUUCACACUUUAUGGAUUCCCCCAAGGAUGUGGAAGACGGUAUGGCGGAUUCAGACAACACUUCUUUUCAGACACAGAAGCGAAAACGACAACCUACCCAGAAAGCUCGUGAAGCAUCAGAGAUGUCGCGCCCAAAACGUUCAAGAAGAACUUCUCAUUCACUAACUUCUGCUACUUCUCCUCCAGGCGGUGUCCAUAAAAAGGCUGGUUCUGCUCUCGCGGAUAAUGUAAGUGAACCUGAAUAUCCAAAACGUCCAGACCUCAAAGCUGAGAGCUCCAAGUCUUCACAAGAAGAUAUGGCUUGUGACAUUUCGCCAAGUAUAGUAUUUACCGCGAUAUACCCUAUGGCAGAACUAGCUACAGCAGCUGCGAUUUCAACCCCAUCGAUCAGUCAUUUGCACAAAAGAAAGCCAUCCAGCCAAUCAAUGGACCAGUCCACUUCAACUUCCCAAGGAACACAAAUAACAUUCUACUUUCCUAGCGUGACAGAUCCAGACGUGACGUCCACAAACAACGAAAGAGAAGAAUCACCGCCCAUCAUCAAUCCGGAUCCUCCUAUUUCUAAAUCUUUGAAAAGAAGUCAUGACGGACGCUUCAUUUCAACACGAUCACGAAAGACAAGAAACGCCACAGAACACUUGACACCGAUGGCAUCACGCCCAUCCUCUCCGCAAUCACCAAUUUCUGCCCUGCCAUCACACUCAUCUUCUCCACUUUCACGUCCUUAUUCCCCACCCCCUAGACCAUCCCUCACAACCGAAACGAUAUCCCACUGGGACAAGCUCAAAGCAAUGGAAUUCCUCACGCGCAUGCAAGUCCCAGAAGACGACGUAAUCACCAUGGGCAAGCACACCUGGCCCUCGGGCAACGGACAACCAGAGAUGGAAUUCGACGGCAGAACGCUCUUGCAGCUUGACAGGGAACAUGUGCUGGAUGAUAAAACAAUACUUUUGGAGGAACCAGGCAGAAUGUGGGAUGUGAUACGCCAGGCUCAAAACUGGGCGUGGAGGAAUGAUGAGGUGCUUGAGCGACGGGCGGGGGAGGUUGGAUCGGUGAGCGGACGGCCGAUUGAGGUUGUUGAAGAUGACGAUCCGGUUAUUUUCAAGACGGGGAGGAAUGGGAGGGGGAAGAGACCGGUGUAUGAGUUUAGGGAUGAUGAGGGAGUUGUUGAUUUAUCGGAUAAGGGGGUUGUCGAGUUAUCGGAUGAUGGGCAGGAGGGAGUGGUCGAUUUGUCAGACAUUGAAGACGAGGAAGGAGAUGCGAACUCACCGAUCGUCGUCGACGACAAACCUCAGCGCCGCUCUGAAAGGGAUUCAGGACACGAUAUAACAGACCUAACCGUUUCCUCCUCCGACGAAAUGGACGAUCUGUAUGAUGCGUGA